AUGAAAUAUUAAUGAGCUUGAUCCUACCUCAGUCGACACUUUGGAUCCUCACUUUUUUGCCAUGGAUUCUUGAUGCUUUUACCUCCGUAUAGCAUCUGCUAUUCGUCACUUCCUGCUGAGUUCGAUAGCUUCCAAGUCUGUCGACGGUUCGAAUGAGGAUACCACGGCCGUUGCUGUUGCCAAUCCGCUCACGCAAAGAUUGGAACCCACCUUGAAAUGGCGUCAACGAUAGCUUUGGAUGCUGUCAUUGCUGCCUUUUCUCUUAUAUGGUCUUUAUGACGGUUAAUCUCGUCGAACCAAUUACAACCUCUUCGUUUAUAUCUGAGUCUUUAGUCUAAUGUCUACUUCCUCCGGACGGAUCAGGCCUCUGCCCUCUGAAGUUGCGGCUCAGAUACACUCCUCUGCUACGAUCAAUACGCUCCAGGAUGUCAUACUAGGCUUACUACGCAAUUCACUUGAUGCUGGCGCCACAAGGGUUGAAAUAUUUGUGGACUUCUCUCGUGGCGGCUGUAUCGUUGAAGAUGACGGGUGCGGGAUUCCUGCUGAGGAAUUUCACGAAAAGGGCGGACUGGGAAAAUUCUACUUUACAUCCAAGUAUGGCUGCCCUGCUCAGGUGCAUGGCCAGUAUGGCACCUUUCUUGCCUCCUUGUCAUCCCUCGCCAUUGUCACAAUAACAUCCUGUCGUUCUCUCCAAGAGCCGUCGAAUUCUCUUGUACUUCACCGCGCCAGGCCCAUUGCACGCUUGACGCCCGUCUCAUCUGAUGAUGACAUACUUUUCCGGGAGCGCGGCACGCGGGUCAUAGUCCGAGACUUGUUUGGAGAUAUGCCUGUGCGCGUUAAGCAUAGAGCCGCUCUCUUCGAGGGACAACUAUCAAUGGAACGGGAAAUAGAUUCCCUCAAAUAUCGUAUUAUCGCCUUAUUGCUGGCUUGGGCUCAACCAAUUGCGGUUGUUAUCAGAGAUCGCGAUAAUAAAGUUCGAUUUUCUUCUCGCAGCCUUGUUUCCAAAAGGCGACAGUCGCAACUCUCAGGCAUCACAACCCUAUCCGAGACAUAUCCAGCUCUGGUUCAGUACUUGCUCUACCAAGCGUCCUACAUCCCAACCCGGUCAGUUGAUGACUGGGUGCCUGUUUCGGGCUCUACCUCAUCCGUUUCCGUUAAUGGUUUGAUGUGUCUAAAACCUGCGCCCACUCGCCGUGUCCAAUUUAUUUCACUCGGUAUCAGCCCUGUCAGAGGAGACUUGGGAUACAAUGUGCUCUACGAAGAAGUCAACAACCUUUUUGCCGCAUCCAGUUUUGGGACAUCCGCCUCUGACGCUACGGGACGUCGCCAGAAAUUUGCCAGAAGAUCCAUCAACAAAUCGCCCAUGUUCUGCCUGCGAAUAGACUUUGAAAACGUUGCUGACAGUAACAAUGUGUUCAAACAGGAGCUCUUUCUCAACGAUCAACUGUUAAAGAUCGUCUUAGAUCUUAUUACAGCCUUGAUAAACGGCUUUCUCAAGGCUCAUGGCUUUCGCUCAAACUAUGAUAUGCCCAAAGUAUCUCCAUCAAUGCCGGUACCUUUGCCGGACUUUGAUUCGACCCACGAUCAAGAGACCGCUAUCGAGACAAAAAUUCAUUCAACACAGGGUGGGAAUGCGGGCUCUGAGUCUCGGGCGAUUUCGAGGCCAUCAUCAGCGACGACAGAAAUGUAUUCAGGAAUGGCCGGUCGGGACCAAACUAUAUUGACUGGUCUUUCGUUAGGCCAGUUGCACAAUCUAAACGAGUUUAGUCAUUUGAGUCGAAUCAGAAAGGGCGAAGAAGGCAGAAGAUCCCAAAUCCGUACGGAUAUUAGCUCUAUCCUAAGGGUAGAGGGUUCAUCACCAGCCAGUACCAGCUCUGAAGCUCUUCCUCUGGGGCAGUCCUCGUCGGAAGCAACGCCAAGUUCCAUAGAUUUCUGCUCGUCGAUAUCUGUUCCAGACCCCGCCGUGUCUCCGGACAAUCCUACAUUGCCACCGCCCUCGGUUAGAGGCGAGAGUGAAGACUUAUUACAGGACGAGACGUUUACAUGGAAAAAUCCUGGCACCGGAGAAGUGUUUCAAGUAAAUUCAAGAACAGGAAUGAUAAUAUUUCCAAAACCUUGGAGCUCGAACUUAUCGCUGCGUCAUCGAGCAUCCUCGGAACCCUUUUCUCGUCCAACUCGGUGCAGGUCCAUUUCGAGUACAAAGUCCGAACAAGGAAGUCCUGCCUGUUCCGGCCAUGGUUCAUGGCUUCAAAGCGUUUAUAGACGCUGGCAGAAUCCUGUAUUCCAGCCUCCUGAGCUUGACGUCCCAAAGGUCGCGCACGAGAACAAUGACGGUUCACACUUGCCCGCGUAUUCAUCGCAUAUCUCAGAUGCCUUCACGCCUGCCGAUAAUAUCAAAGUCUCGAAAGCUGCACUCCAAAAUGCGCACGUCAUCUCUCAAGUAGACGGAAAAUUCAUUCUUGUCAAACUCAAAGUCAGGAAAGGAGAGUUGAAUCCUACAGCCCGAGCGGCAUCGGGAGUCAAAGAGGUACUUGUAUGCAUAGACCAGCACGCAGCCGAUGAGCGAUGUCGAUUAGAAGCGCUUCUCGCAGACCUGUGUGCCUCGCCAGAGCCUUUGGUCAGCGUUCCUCGUUCCAAUCUUGGAUACAGUCCAGCCGUCAAUGUCAUAUUACUCAAGGAACCCUUGAUCUUUUCAGUCUCAGCAAAUGAAGAGCCUCUCUUCCGGACAGCUGCCAAAUAUUUAGCCCGCUGGGGUAUCCUCUACGACCUUUAUUCCUCCAACAAAUCGAGAUCUCGUAACCCAGCUAAGCGCCAAUGCUUGGUCUCCGUGACAGCAUUACCCCCAAUCAUUGCCGAGAGAUGCAGACUCGAACCGCAUCUUUUACUUGACAUUUUGCGUGGAGAAGUCUGGAAAAGAGCUACUGCUCGCCAAUCUGAGACGCAAGCUCCUACGCAGCAGGAUGCUCGCGACUCGAAUGGCACAUGGCCUGAUGCUACAGCAAUGACAACACCCCUAGAAGAUGGAGAUAAAUCCAAGGAUGAUUGCAAGUGGCUGUCGCAGAUUGGAUCCUGUCCCCAGGGCAUCCUCGACCUGGUAACGUCCCGCGCAUGCAGAAGCGCAAUCAUGUUCAAUGACAAAUUAUCUCACAAGCAAUGCGGACUCCUUGUGUCUCGACUCGCGACAUGUGCAUUUCCGUUUCAAUGCGCGCAUGGACGACCCUCUAUGAUUCCCCUGGUGGGAAUCACUUCACCUGCCGAGUCUGAGUGUCUGGAAUCCUCUAGUGGAGAUAUUAAUGCAGAAGGGGCGUGGAAGUCGGGCUCAGAGCUGGGUUUUGGUUUCUCUGGCCUUGUCAUGUCCAUGGAUGAUACAUUGAUGGAAAAACAACACGGAGUGUCACCACGAAAAAGUACGAUGAGUGCGUUUCAGGACUGGAUGUUGAUGUAGCAUUCUUUUCAUCACGUUUUGAACCUCAUCAAGAUACAAAGAUUUCAUUUUCUUUUUUUUGGUUCGAUAGUCUUUUCACAGU